GACGUCGUUCCAAUUCUCACGCUUUUACGCAUAUCUUCGGCUUCCUUUUUCUCUUUUGUAGAUUUUCAUGGCGGAGAAGCUUUCAAAUGAGGUUGUUCUUGAGCAGCUGAAACACGGGAUUGCUAAAUUCGAGCUUGUCUCUGUUCCGGUUCCUUCAAUUUCAACUUCCAACUCUCGAACAUGUCCGACGGCUUUCCUCGGAUACAAUAGCCAUCGAUUCUUUGCUAGAAUUGGACCAUCUCUGGGCGGAGGAUCACCCGCGAUGAGGAAACUUGAGCGCUAUUCGGUCCAGAAAGUUACCGGAGACGGGCGCUGUCUUUUUCGUGCCCUGGUCAAAGGAAUGGCUUUCAAUAAGGGUAUUUCUCUAAACCCACGGGAAGAGAGAGAAAAUGCAGAUGACUUACGAAUGGCUGUGAAAGAGGUUAUAUGUGACAAUGAUAAAGAACGCCGUCGGUAUGAAGAAGCACUGAUUGCAAUUACAGUUGAUGAAUCUUUAAGACGUUACUGCCAACGCAUUGAACGGCCUGAUUUCUGGGGAGGAGAGUCAGAGCUACUGGUGCUGUCAAAGUUGUGUAGGCAGCCGAUUACUGUUUACAUACCAGAGCACGAGCACACAAAGGGUGGAUGGGGUGCUGGUUUUAUUCCCAUUGCAGAGUAUGGAGCUGAGUUUGACAAGGGUUCAAGAAAAGUUAAAGCCAGGAAAGUUGUGAGGCUACUGUACAGUGGUAAGAACCACUAUGACCUGCUUGUCUGAGAAUUCAUUGUGCUUAAGGGAACAAGAGAGUGAUAAUGAGGAAAAAAAAGAAAGAAGGGAAAUGGGAAAAGCAGGGGAUGAAGAUGCCAUUUGUAACUGUGUUUGAGGAAAAUGUGUAAUCUUUGAUGGGAUAUUCUUUUUGAUGCGAAGGACGCUCAUAAAGUGUAAGUGGAUGAAUGAAACCAAAUUUUUUUU